CAGUGUCUUCAGCUGCAAGUCCGCUGAGAGCCACCCGGGCCGGUUCCGAUAGACUCCCAGACUUCUCAAGAAAAGCCCGUUACCUGAGCUCUUGAGCCCUGCGGCCCAUUAUCCCCUCUCCAAGCGCGCCCUUCCCUCCUCUUUAACCUGGCCCAGUGGACUCUGGUGUUCCUCUCGGCCCCCCUUCCUGCACUUCCUCUGUUUGGCGCGACACUUGUCAGGAGAGACCUCCGGGAGCCCCUGAAUCGAAAGCCCCUAUUUCACAGAUAAGGGUACUGAGGCUCUCCCGCCUCCCGGGAGAAGUGACUCGUGCUUCCCACCCCUUGAUCUUGGGCUUUCUAUUUUGCCCUUCCCAGUUCCUCACCUCUCCGCCUUCCUCGGUCUUACCCCAUUUGUCUUGUCGCUCCCGCCCCCGCGCUGACGGCCCCUGGUCUCCUCCCGCGAUGGCUGUAGCCUUUCUCCCACCUCUGGUAAACACAUUCGCCCGCCCGCCAACCCAUCCGCUGCCACUGCCCUUAUAAAGUCAGCUACCAUCGGACUUCCUGCCUAAGCCUGAGCCCCCUUCCCUGGCUGGGGGGAGCUGGCGGGCUCCUAGGCGCGCGACUUAAAUCGGGUCGCCUUGGGAGUGAGUGAGGGGCGCGUGGGGACGCCACAUUGCCAGCCCUGGGUCUCCCUCCACGUGGCAGCUGUUGGAUUGGCCCAUGAGACUGUAGGGACACGGAUCGCCUGGUGCAGCAAGCAGAGGACUUAUUCUCGCCUGGCGUCAGAGGAGAGGAGUGGACUGAGAGGGGCAACAGGAAAGAGAGGUCCUUGAAUGGCCCCCACGUUGCAACAGGCGUACCGCAGGCGCUGGUGGAUGGCCUGCACCGCUGUGCUGGAGAACCUCUUCUUCUCUGCGGUGCUCCUGGGCUGGGCCUCCUUGCUGAUCAUACUCAAGAACGAGGGCUUCUAUUCCAGCUUAUGCCCAGCUGAGAACAUCACCACCAACACUACCCAGGACCAGCAACACCAGUGGCCCAGCUGUGACCAGCAGGAAGAGAUGCUCAAUCUUGGCUUUACCAUUGGCUCUUUCCUGCUCAGUGCCACCACCCUGCCACUGGGGAUCCUCAUGGACCGCUUUGGCCCCCGGCCCCUCCGGCUGGUUGGCAGUGCUUGCUUCGCUGCAUCCUGCACCCUCAUGGCCUUGGCCUCUCGGGACACGGAAGUCCUGUCUCCAUUGAUAUUCCUGGCGCUGUCUCUGAAUGGGUUUGGUGGCAUCUGCCUCACGUUCACUUCACUCACUCUGCCCAACAUGUUUGGGAACCUGCGCUCCACUUUCAUGGCCCUCAUGAUUGGCUCCUAUGUCUCUUCUGCCAUCACUUUUGGAGGAAUCAAGCUGAUCUACGAUGCUGGGGUGCCCUUUGUGGUCAUCAUGUUCACCUGGUCUGUCCUGGCCUGCCUUAUCUUUCUGAAUUGUGCCCUCAACUGGCCCAUGGAAGCCUUUCCUGCUCCUGAGGAAGGUGCUUACAAGAAGAAGAACAAUCUUGCUGGACUGAACCUGGACCACAAGCUCACGGGUGACCGCUUCUACACCCAUGUGACCAACGUGGGUCAGCGGCUGAGCCAGAAGGCUCCCAGCCUGGAUGAGGGGGCUGACGCGUUUCUCGCAUUGCAGGACGCCCGUGACACCUCAGAAGACCUUCCUGAGAGGGCACCCCCUGCUGUCUCUCCACAGUCUGUCCCCUUCCGCAAGAGCCUCUGCUCCCCCAUUUUCCUGUGGAGCCUUGUCACCAUGGGCAUGACCCAGCUCCGAGUUAUAUUCUACAUGGCCAUCAUGAACAAGAUGCUGGAGUACCUCAUGACCGGUGGCCAGGAGCAUGUGACGGAUGAGCUGAGACAAAAUGUGCAAGAGACAGUUGGGUUCUACUCCUCCAUCUUUGGGGCCAUGCAGCUGCUGUGCCUUCUCACGUGCCCCCUCAUUGGCUACCUCAUGGACUGGCGGAUCAAGGAUUGCGUGGACUCCCCAGAUGAGGGCACUGCUCUCGGAGAUGCCAGGGAUGGGGUCACCACCAAGUCCACCAAACCACGCUACCGCAAGAUCCAGAAGCUCACUAAUGCCAUCAACGCCUUCACCCUGACCAACCUCCUCCUUGUGGGUUUUGGUUUCACCUGCCUUAUCAGCAACUUACACCUCCAGUUUCUGACUUUUGUCCUGCACACCAUAGUUCGAGGAUUCUAUCACUCGGCCUGUGGGGGCCUGUACGCUGCCGUGUUCCCAUCCAACCACUUUGGGACGCUGACAGGCCUGCAGUCUCUCAUCAGCGCCGUGUUUGCCCUCCUCCAGCAGCCGCUCUUCAUGGUCGUGGUGGGACCCCUGCGAGGAGACCCCUUCUGGGUGAACCUGGGUCUCUUGUUAUUCUCACUUCUGGGAUUCCUGCUACCUUGCUACCUCUUCUACUACCGUGCCCGGCUCCAGGGGGAGUAUGUCACCCAUGAGCCAGGCCCACAGAAGAUGCUCAGCAUCUCCAAGGGGGCAGCAUAGACGUCUGAGGCCAAGAAACUGGAUGACGGGAAACCAAGGCUUGAGAGACCAAAGGGAACACCCGGACGGCUCCCUACCUGUCACAUGUGCAUGGAGCCCGGAGCCGUGCAUUUAAAAAAUACCAAGAGAAGGUCUAUUUUUAUAGGGACUUGCAAAAAGGGGUGGGGAUAACCUUCAGACAAUAUUUCCCAAAGCAACUCUCCAGGGACUGAAGAAGCCUGUGCUGGAGGAAUUGGGCCUUCUUCCUUGGACAGAGGAGACCAAGGCGUGAGGCUGCCCUUUCUCCAGGCCUUUGUCCCAGGGGCCUCAAGGGUCCUGUCUUCUGGUGCCUCUGGAGGACUGUGGGGUCAGUGAGCAGGCUACCCCUGUGGCCCCAGCUGCCAGGAGUGUGAGUACCUGUGUGUGCUGUGACAUACCUUCCCCCAGAGGAAAGGGGACUCAAGGUACUGGCUGUGUCCUGUACGGGGUGCGGGGACAAGCCCCUUGCAGGACUGGAGGGCAGGUUCCCUCUCUGGUGCUGCUGCUCUCAGAUCCAAGAGGAAAUAAAAAGGGAGCCGGAGACUG